GAACCCUGAAAUGUGCCCUAGAAUCUACAGAAUCGAGAUCUUUCGAGCUUUCCUCUCUUCGUUCUUCUGUUUCAUCUCGCUCGAUCUCUGGCUACAAAAGAGGACAGAAGGGAGGACGGAGAAUCUGGCCGGCCAAGCGCCAUUUCCGGCGAGCUUUAAGUUGAUUGAAAUAGUUCCUCCUCCUUAUCUCAAGUAAGAAGGCAAGAUGCAAAUGUUACCAAGAGAGGGUGAAAAUGCUUUGUCUGUGGUUGGGCCACGACCUAUGGAAUGGUCUGCAGUUCCUUAUAGAGGUCCUCCAGCACCUGGGCCUAAUGGAAAGCAACGGACAUCAAGUUUGGAAUCACCUAUCAUGUUAUUAACAGGUCAUCAGAGUGCUAUAUACACAAUGAAGUUCAAUCCAGCUGGAACAGUUAUUGCAUCCGGGUCACAUGACAAGGAAAUAUUUCUUUGGCAUGUGCAUGGAGAGUGCAAGAACUUCAUGGUUCUGAAAGGGCAUAAGAAUGCGGUAUUGGAUCUUCAGUGGACUACUGAUGGAUCACAGAUAAUAUCUGCUAGUCCUGACAAGACCCUCAGGGCUUGGGACGUGGAAACAGGGAAACAGAUAAAAAAGAUGGCAGAACACUCCUCUUUUGUGAAUUCAUGCUGUCCUGCUCGCCGAGGCCCUCCUCUUGUUGUCAGUGGAUCUGAUGAUGGGACUGCAAAGCUUUGGGAUAUGCGCCAAAGGGGUGCCAUUCAGACAUUUCCAGACAAGUAUCAAAUCACUGCUGUCAGUUUCUCUGAUGCGUCAGAUAAAAUUUACUCUGGCGGGAUAGAUAAUGACGUUAAGGUAUGGGAUCUGCGGAGAAAUGAGGUUACAAUGACUCUUCAAGGACAUCAGGAUAUGAUAACUAGCAUGCAGUUGAGUCCGGACGGCUCCUAUCUUCUUACUAAUGGCAUGGACUGCAAGCUCUCUAUAUGGGACAUGCGGCCUUAUGCCCCACAAAAUCGAUGUGUGAAGAUAUUAGAAGGUCAUCAGCACAACUUUGAAAAGAACUUGUUGAAAUGUAGCUGGUCACCUGAUGGAAGCAAGGUCACAGCGGGUAGUUCGGAUCGGAUGGUGUAUAUUUGGGACACCACUUCUAGACGCAUCUUGUACAAGCUCCCUGGUCAUACAGGAUCUGUAAACGAAUGCGUCUUCCACCCAAGUGAACCGAUUGUUGGAUCUUGCAGUAGCGAUAAACAGAUUUAUCUUGGGGAGAUCUGAACGGGCUAGAUUCUCAUGAUUCGACCUUCAAGGGCAUUACAGCAACAGCAGCAUUCAUUUAUCUGGAGGGAGUGCUCAGAGGGGCUUGCGAAAAGCAUCACGGAUGUUAAGAGUUACUCUGUAUCCUUAACCUGAAUUUUGUCAGAAAGGUCUUGUAGGCGUUGAUACACAUUUAGCUCCAGUACUGUUGCUACCUGCUUCGCUGAAAGUAAAUCUCGUUUGAGUAGGCUGCUGCCAUCUUUGUAUUGUUCCUGGGUCAGUCCUUUAUUUGCUAUGCUGGAUUCAUCCUGAUCAUCAGCCGUUGGCCCUGUCUGGUACCUCAUUAUAAUAUCCUAUUCCUUGUGCUCUUUGAUUUGUGAACAAAACCUCCUACCUUUCAUUUGGAAUAUUAUGGAGUUUGUGGUCA